AUGAUGCGCAUGGCAAACUGGUUUGAUGACUUUUUCUUUUCCUUCCUUCAUGUCAUGAAGCUUCAUUCAUCCAUUCGAAUGUACGGCCUUUUCAUACUUGCACUUGGUGUUGGGGACAUCGUCGCAAAUUUUAUCGUCGAUGAUCUCAGUUGCUACUGGGAUGAUACGGAAGAGAGUUGUAUGCCGAAAGAAAUGUGUGUGUACAAUUUCAAACUUGGUGAUUUUAGUUAUAAUGCAUCGUGUCGAGUGAAAGAUGAAGUGAAUUUGUACCCUCAGCAACUUCACUUGGCAUACGCAGGUGUGGAAGCUGGAACAGCUAUGACUGUGUCAUGGGCAACGUAUGCAGAUGUGACGGAUUGUGCCGUUUGGAUAGGAGAGACUGAAGACACGUUGAAAAGAGUAAAGGCACCAAUUGUGAGUCAAAGUUACUAUAGUGACAAAGAGUACUUUAUGCUUCAUCAUCAUGCAACGAUCUCAGGGUUAAAACCCCGUACGAAAUAUUUCUACAAAGUUGGUAGUAAAGGCGAUGAAAAGUAUACAAGUGACAUCAAUACGUUUAUUACUGCGCGGCCUGCUACUGAUAAAAACACUUUUAAUGUCUUGGUGUACGGUGAUCUUGGAGAAGGCAAGUUUUCCGUUGAUUCGAUUGCAGCUUUUAAUAAAAUGACGUCGGAUGAUAUUGAUUUGGUUUAUCAUCUUGGCGAUAUUGGAUAUGCUGAUAACGACUACUUGAACAAGAAACAAUCGUUUGGGUUCUUUUAUGAAGAAGUAUACAAUAGUUGGAUGAAUGCAAUGAUGCCUAUCAUGAGUCGAGUUCCGUACAUGGUUUUAGUUGGAAAUCAUGAAGCAGAAUGUCACUCUCCGAGCUGUUUGGCCUCUCACCGGAAAAGCAGAGCUUUGGGAAAUUAUACAGCGUACAAUGUACGUUUCAGGAUGCCACAUCAAGAGAGUAAUGGAGUUUUAAAUAUGUGGCACUCUUUUGAUCAUGGUCCGAUCCACUUUACGUCUAUAUCGACAGAAACUGAUUAUCCAAAUGCACCAUCGAAUGUCUUUUCACCCUGGACAAAUAAUGGGAACUUUGGAGAUCAACUCUCUUGGCUUGAAGCUGAUUUAAAAAAAGCACACGCUAAUCGUGCUGACGUACCGUGGAUCUUUGUCGGUAUGCACCGUCCGCUCUAUAGUAUCUAUGAUGCAAUCAAUGGCAUUCCUGUUGGUCGAACACUUUCAAUUCAAGCUGCGUUUGAAGACCUUUUUAUUAAAUACAAGGUUGAUGUCGUGCUAAGUGGCCAUGUUCACUAUUAUGAACGACAAUUUCCAGUUGCAAAGAACAAGCCUGUAUUAGACGGCGUCUCAUCCGACGGCAAAGUGUACGACAACCCAAAGGCUCCUGUAUAUAUCCUAACUGGUGGACCUGGUCAGUCUGAGGGACUUACAUUGCCACCGGCUGGUAAUGCGACCUGGAGAGCAGCUUACGAAUAUCUUAAGUAUGGUUAUUCGAUGCUACAGGCGAAUCGCACGACUCUAACGUGGAUAUACGUAGCGAGCACAAAUCAGACAAUUCAAGAUAACUUUGUCAUGAUCAAAGACGAAGUAGAUGCGUCAUAA